GUCUUUUUCAUUCUCUCUGGAGAGGAAGAUGAGACGGAGGUGAGGAUGUUGAGCGAUACUAAGAGACCCAUUCUGAAACGGGGAAUGACCAACGGGUUCCUCAUGGCUGUCCCUGAAUCUCUCGGCCGUAUCAACUACAUGCGUGUGUGGCAUGACAACUCCGGCAACGGCAAGUUUCGCUCCUGGUUCCUCAACUAUAUCGUGGUGAAAGACUUACAGGCUGAAACGAAGCAGGUGUUCAUCGCCAACAGGUGGUUCGCAGUGGAGGAGGAUGACGGACAGGUCGACCGCAUCAUCCCCUUAGCUGGCAAAGAACAGCUGGAAGACUUCAGCUACCAGUUCAAGGAACGCUCCAAGAAAGACCUAGUGGACGGCCAUCUCUGGUUCUCCGUCAUAGCUCGACCGCCGGGCAGUCGGUUCUCUUGUGUAGAGCGAGUGGCAUGCUGCCUGUGUCUCCUGUUCAUGACCAUGCUGGCAAACGCCAUGUUUUAUAACGUGGACACGGGAGAUACUAGCAGCGCAAGUUCUUCUUUUAACUUUGGGCCUUUUUCCAUGAGCCCCUCACAGAUUUCCAUAGGCUUCAUCAGCACGCUGAUUGUGUUCCCAGUCAACUUCCUCCUGGUUUUCCUCUUCCGCAAAUCCCGGCCUCGCACCAUUCCGGAAUCGAGAAUAGUUCUUGGACGGCCUGUCUCUGGACACAGGCCGGGCACGGCAAAACUCAGCCAGGUCAAACCAGAGAUCUCGUGCGUGUCAAGUCCUAGACUGGAGAGCAGUGCAGGCAGAAGCAGUCCAGGAUCUGAUUCCAACUCGUCUCUGAACAAGACGAGAGAUAAUGAAAGACUUGUUAAAGGGUCUCAUCCAUCAGCCAGCCAAGGACCACCCAGCCCACCGGACGGUACAGGGGAGCAGGGUGCGGUUAAGAAGAAGCUUCAGCUCCCCUGGUGGUGCCGUCCUCUGGCUUGGGUCAUCUUGGUCGUCACUACUGCAGUAGCUGUGGCAAUCGUCACUUUUUACGGCAUCAGUUUUCAGGACUCAACAUGUAAGAAGUGGAUCACAUCACUGAUCAUUUCCUUCUUCACGUCAGUCUUCAUCACCCAGCCAAUAAAAGUGAUUCUGACGGCAGUGUUUCUGUCACUGAUUGUGAAAAACCCUGGGGAAGAGGAUGAUGAAGACGUGGACGAGCGAAACACAGUCAACACAGACGAUGACUUUCUCCACCCAGGGGGUGAUGCUUUCGCGGCGGCACGACCCAAGACGAUUGGUUAUAAACCCCCUAACCCCAAAGAACUGGAGCGAGUCCGCUCAAAGAGGAUCAAAGAGGUCAAGAUGUGGGCCGUGGUCAGAGAGAUUCUCUUCUACUGUAUCUUCCUCUGGGUCCUCCUGGUUGUCUCCUACCGCAACCGUAGCGCCGCCCACUUUCACUACAAGGACACAAUGGUGCGGACCUUCAUCAAAAGCCGGGACACCGACAUCAAUUUUGAAAAGAUCCAAAACACUGAUGAGUUCUGGGAGUGGGCCAAGACCGGCCUCAUCAACGGCCUCCUAGCUGGCUCAUACUACAACAACUACCCUCCUCUGAGGCUGAGGGCCUACAUUAACGACAAGGCGUCUCGAAUCUUGGGCCAUGCUGUGAUGCGUCAACAUCGCAUCUUGCCAGGUGGUUGUCAGGUGCCCAGCUACUUCAAGACCAUGAUCCCACAAUGCAACACGCUGUAUUCACUUGCCAACCAGGAAGACAGAAACUUUGAGGUGGGAUGGGAACGCUCACCAGCCAGCAAGGAGAACCCUUCGAACCGGUCUGAGUACGAGUGGACGUCUGCCGAAACCUUGAAUGGAUACCCUUAUUGGGGGCUCCUCGGGGUAUAUUCUGGUGGUGGGUACGUUGCACAUCUGAACGGCUCCAAGGCGGCUGUGCUGGAGACUGUGAGCCGCCUGGAGAGAGAGAAGUGGGUAGACCGAUACACCAGGACAGUGUUUGUGGAGUUUACGGUGUACAACCCGCAGGUAAAUCUGUUCUCCGUGAACACAUUUCUGGCUGAGUUCCACUCUACGAACGGCGUCGUCCCUUCCUAUAGGUUUGAGCCGGCCAUGUUGCUACCCUACAUGAACGAUGCCAUGGUAUUCCAGAUUGUGUGCGAGAUCGCUUUUGUCGUCUUCAUUGUGGCGUUUUCCUUUCGAGAGGUUUCCAAGUUUCUCAAGCAUGGUAGAAAGUACUUCACAAAAUUCUGGAACUGGGUGGAGAUAGUAAUCAUCGCUAUGUCCGUGGCCGCCAUUGUCAUCUAUUUCUAUCGACUGCAUGAAACGAAUAAACUCACCAAACAAUUCAAGGCGUCUCAAGGAAACGAUUACAUCAAGUUUCAGUACGUGGGCUAUUGGAAUGAGAUCUUUGCCUAUCUCAUCGGCAUCGUUGUCUGCUUUGCCACCAUCAAGUUCCUCAGGCUACUUCGCUUCAACCGACGAGUGUCCAUGCUGUCCAGCACUCUGAGGCAUAGUGCACGGAACCUAUUUCACUUCAGCAUCAUCUUCUGGAUUGUAUUCUUGGCGUUCUGCCAACUGUUCUUCCUGACAUACAUGACCGUGGACGAGAAGUAUUCUUCCUUCAUCGAGUCUCUGGUGGCGUCCGUGCUCAUGAUGAUGGGCAAGUUCAACAUUUACGUUAUGAUUUUAGCGGAACCUGUCCUGACACAGAUCUUCGUUUUGCUCUACGUGGUUUCGGUGACGUUCAUCAUCGUGAACAUGUUCAUCUCCAUCUUGAACGACACGUUCACUACGGUUCGCAAUGACUUGACGAAACAAAACAACGAGUAUGAGAUCCUGGAGUUUAUGAUGAGCCGCUUCAAGAAGUGGACGGGGCUGGGCGUCACACCGUCAACACUGAACCCUCGGACUACUAUGGGCGUGCAGGGUUACCUCAAUGACGAUAUGAACAGUGACUUGGAGGUGGAAGAGUCGGAGGGCCCUGGGAGUGAGAAGCAGCGCUAUCUGCGAGACAUCAACCGCAGGAUGAGUCUCCACAUGCAGCACUUCCCCGGCCGGAUCGACAAACUGCUGCAGUCCCUGUCUGCUCUCUACCGGGAUAACGAGGACGGGAGCGCGGGCCUUCCACAGCCAUGGACAAAACACCCCUACAUGGCCCCUUCGGCUCCCAGCGACCGCAGAUCAAGGAUGCCUCCUCUACCCAGAUCUGACUCUGGCAUGAGCCACCGCAGGGUCAGCCUAGUUAAAGUGGACACUCGCUGACCAGACAACACAAUCGCAUGUGCACUAAAUAGGACUUGUAUGGCUUAGUGGGGGUAACAGGGGGAUUGUGAAUGCUAGUUAAAUUAUUUGUUAACCGGUCUAUAUUAUGUCUGAUUGCCUGUCUAUUAUCUUGGCUGGCGGGUUGGUUGUUGGUCUAUUAUUUGAUGAAACCAGAAAACUAGUGAAGUAUUUCUGGCUAUUAGGAUCGAUUUUACCGUGAUUAUCUAUAGUUAAUUGUAUCGUUCUUUUUAAACAGCAUUUUUCUCCAUAUUAAACGUAGAAUUGUUUUUCAACUAUUGAAAACAUUUAUACCAGAAAUUUAUGUUAACGCAAAAUUUCAAAGAUCUCUUAAAGCUUUCUAAAACAAAUUUAUUCUACUUCUUGUCUUUUAAAAAUAAAAUCAAACACAUGAGUCGUUUUUACAGAUGUCAAAAAGCUCAUCAUACCAAAUUUUGUGAAUUUGUUGCUCUUAUCAAGAAGCGCAGAAAAAAUAGUUUGUCCAGAAACAACAUUAUUUUUUCCACCCUCUCACCCUCUUUAAAAAAAUGUUUUCAAGUUCCCCCUGAAAGAUACAGAGGCACAACACUCUUUGAAGUAAGACUUCAAGUUGCAUGUCCUUAACGUCAAUCUCAGUAUUAUUUUCUGAUAAUUCAGUUCAAGUAUUAAGAAUUCCUGUUCAAAGUCUUUGUAAAAAUUGUGGGUGGUUUGACAUAUCUAUACUGGAAAUCCGUGAGUGCAAAAUAAAUUUCGUGAAAGAAGUGUUCUCUUUUCCAAGACAAUGCUCGCUUUAACUUAGCUUUGCUUUAUUUAGGGCUUUUGUCCGAGACUAUAAAUGUUUAGAGGCAGUUUUUUUUUGUAUCUUUAAUUUAAUGAGACGGCACAUACUAUGUAGCUUCUUAUCCACGUCAUUCUGUCGUCCUCGCACACAUUAUGUCAUCAUGAAAAUCUGGCUACGUGCAAGCUGUCAUUAAAACACGUAUUUAUAUGGUUCUGCUUUAAUGAUCUGCUUGGAACACAGGUACUGCUGAUUUUUAAAAAGAUAUACUAUUCGAUAUAAAGAUCGUAUUCUUAUUCAAAACCAGAAACUGUUAGAUUUCUAUACAUAAUAAAAGUUCUUCACUUUGGCUUGA